AAAUCUGGGUCACGUGAUCAACUUCGCGCAGACUCAGUGGGGACAGUCCGACACGGAAGACGCGACAGUUUGCGAUAGACAUUUUUUUCUUUCUUUCUCCAUGCUUUUUGAAAUCCGUGAGUGAAGUUAUUUAGAGUUAGCGUAAAUGUUCGACUGGCGGUCGUUGACGACAGCUCGUCUCCACGCUGAAAGCUCAAGUUGUAGGGACGCCUCGAUGGGGAAAUCGCGCAAGAAGUAGCGAAAGUCCCUCGCGGCGCGCGAGCAACAGCUCCUCUUUAGCGUUUCAACCAGCACAGCAGCAAAGACGACGAGGGCAAUACCUGUCACGUUACUCCCCCGCAGCGUGGAGGCAGAAGGUCUAUGAGACGUUGAAUCAUGCGAUUAACAGCCCCCCUCAGAGCAGCGGCCGUGCUGCUGUUGGUGGGGCUCACCUGGCUGCUGGCCACCUCGCUGUUCGGAGGGCAGGCGGGUUCCUCUGUGCGCAGCUUCUUCAGCGGUGCAAGCGAGAAACCAACAGCUGCUGAGCCCCGCCCUCGAAAGUACAAAUGUGGACUUUCAGCUCCUUGUCCCGCAAAGCAUCUGGCUUUCCGCCUGGUGUCUGGUGCUGCCAACGUCAUUGGGCCCAAGAUCUGUCUGGAGGACAAGAUGUUAAUCAGCAGUGUGAAGAACAACGUUGGCAGAGGACUCAACAUCGCCUUGGUGAAUGGAGUGACAGGAGAGCUGUUGGAUAUAAAGACCUUUGAUAUGUGGGCAGGAGAUAUUUCUGACCUGUUGAAGUUCAUCCGCCCGCUCCAUGAAGGAACUCUGGUGUUUGUGGCUUCCUUUGACGAUGCAGCUACAAAGAUGAACGACGAGUCUCGGCGGCUGUUUGAGGAUCUGGGGAGCACGGCCGUGAAGGAGCUGGCCUUCAGAGACAGCUGGGUGUUUGUCGGAGCCAAAGGCAUCGAGAAUAAGAGUCCCUUUGAGCAGCGGAUGAAGAACAGUAAGACCAACAACAAGUAUGAAGGCUGGCCCGAGUCUCUGGAGAUGGAUGGCUGUAUUCCCCUGCGGCCGCCCCUGGAAGGGUAGUUCUACCUGGCGCUCUCUGGCACCCAGCAGCAGCAGCAGCGGCAGCGGCUCCCAAUCAAUGUUCACAAAGCCAGAGAAUGACUGACACACCCUCCAGGAUUGGAGCCACAAUCUGCAUACCCCCCCCUCGUACCCAGUUGACUAAGGAUUUUUCUUGGGACUUAAUAUUAUUUAAAGUGUUGUUAAACUUGUUAGGAAGGAAUUGUGCUUUAAGCUUUGAGACAUUUUUGAGCAGACAGAAUAUUGACGAUGUUUGUGUCGGGUUAAGACCAGCGUGAGACGCCAAAUGUUUGUUAACCAAAGCGUAACAGUGACUAUUGGACGAAUGCAGCUGGAGCAGGUCUUUCCCUCUCUGCAAGCUUGUCUGUAAGGUGACAAUGUUCAGUGCACGACAUUGGAUGUUCAGCAGGCAAAACACACUACACCUAAUCCAAGUCAGCAUAUAUAUAUAUAU